CAAAUGUCAACAGUCAAAAUGACGUUUUUCAAGUUGCAAAUUUAUUGUGUGCAUUAAAUUUGCAGUUAUCGCUUUAUUUGUAUUGUUUAUUACUAACAUGGAUGCCAUAUGUUUAAACAGUGCAUUAUUACUUUAAUCAAACACAAUAACAAGAUCGUUCAACCUACUCGUAGUUCUACCUCUCAUAAAUCAGUUACUCAAUUAAUCUUCUAUUUGUUAAGAAUUAAAAAAUCUCUUCACUGAUAUAUCGUACUGAUUGACAACUGGUAAAAUGUGUGCGUGUAACUACGAAUGUCUGCACAUUAUAAACAUUUAUUAUGUUUAGUUAUUUAUUGUGUCUUUCGAAACCUGAUAAAAACAUGAUGCUUGUGGUCGGUUUUUCAUUGUCAUUGAAUCAGUGAUUAAGCAUGGAGAAAAUAUUUUCUAAAGUGCAUUAUUUACUUUUGUUAUCAAUUGGAAUAUUGGCAACUGGGUUAACGUUAACCUACACGAUUUCGGUGUCCCUCGGUCAUGUCUACUACUGGUUUCCGUUCAUCAGCGACACCGGCGCCGAGCCGCCGGAAAGUGGGAUAUUCGGUUUCACACUCAACAUCACAACCGUUUUACUCGUGAUAUCAAUGUAUCUACGAUAUUGCCAAAUGAAUUGCGUGAAAAAAGUUGGAGUUAUCAUUAUCACCGGUCUGGAACAAAACAGCUGUAUUUUUGGUUUGCUGUCAUGUUUUGGGCUGAAUAUGGUCGCGAAUUUUUCUGAGAUUGACAUGGGAAUUACUCAUUUAACUGGAGCUUUCCUUUGCUUUACUACUGCUACCAUUUAUUUUAUUAUUCAAACAAAAAUAUCUUAUCACUUUAUAAACCAUGACAGUGGAUUUUCUGUGAGUAAAACAUUAUUUUGCUGUCGGUUUUUACUUUGUUUGUUUAUGGCGACGUUUUAUUUCCUCACAUUGUGGUACGGGAAGUUAGCUACUGAUGAAUUUACAGGGAAAAAACUUAAUUAUUGGAGGGAAAACGAUGGUGGAUUUCAAUACAGAUUAAUAUCCACAUUCAGUGAAUGGAUAACAACAAUCUGUAUUGCUCUCUACAUAAUGACAUUCACUUUAGAGUUUCGCAAAAUCGAAUGUAUUGGAAUUACAGUCCGAUUAAAAACUUCAUAGUAUUUGAUCUUCUUUAGUAAAAAUAAAUUGUAUAGCACUUUAA